UAAAGAUUCACAUUUGAGCCGGAAUUAAGGUAGAUGUUGACAAGAAUUCCACCGUAGUAGCCGAAAUCAGAGAAGAAAAUAUCUUGAUUCCGAUAUCCAAGGUUCCCCUUUUCAAUUCUCUUAAUGCUUCUAGCUAUGUUUGGGCGUGGAAAUAGAAGGGGAACAAAAAAGAUUGAGUCUUCAGUAUUCUUUGCAUUGCUGAUUUUAGUAAUAGUUGCAUUGGUGCUUUUCUUUGGAAAGAAUGGUGAUUUUAGUAAUAAGUCCACUUUGAUGCCUGACCUCAGUAGCCAAAAAUGGAGUAGCUUCGACUCGCUGGUUCGAUUGGAUCCAACCGUUGAAUUGAGGAAUGGGACUGAUUUGAUCUGGCAGAUUCCUGAUUCAUCCCAGGCUGUUCUCUUCUUGGCUCAUGGCUGUAGCGGCCGAGCAGCUAAUUUCUGGGAUAGGUCCCCUAAGUGUCCGGAUUGCGUUGGUUUACCCGAAGAGAGGCUCAUUGUGCUUCAUGCUUUGGCUAGAAAGUUUGCUGUAUUUGCCAUAUCGAGUAAAGGUGUAUGCUGGUCGCUAGGGGAGGAGCGGGGUGUCGUUAAAAGUAUGAUCCAGUGGUGGAUUUCUGAGAAGAAGAUGGAUAAGCUGCCUAUCUAUGCAAUGGGAGCCUCCUCUGGUGGAUACUUUGUCUCUGCUCUCGCUGCAGAGUUUCAGUUUAGGGCUAUCGUGUUGAUGAUCGCUGAAGGGGUGUUUAGUCAUUUGGAUAUAAGGAAGAACUAUCCAGCUACGCUCUUUGUCCACAUGCCUAAAGAUGAAAAACGGAACGGGAAGAUUGAGAAGUAUCUAGUGGUGAUGAGGGACAAGGGUAUCCAUGUUGCAGAAGUUAGAUGUAUGGAGUUCCCUUUGACGCCUCAGUUUUUUGCCAAUAGAAUUCCGGGUCUUAGUCUGAACUUGUCAGAGAAGUUGUUCGAUGUUUUUCAGGAGAAGGGCUUUAUUGACGGGAACGGUUACAUGAGGGAUGAUGGGCGUGUGAUACCGUGGAAAACAGCAAUCGAGGAGAGGAAUAUUAUUCUCCCGAAGAAGUCAUUGGUCAAUCAUAUUCAGGAGGAAAUGAAUCUCGCAUUUGCUUAUCAUGAAAUGACUAGCUUGCAGUCUCAGGAAAUCCUCGACUGGUUUGAUUCUCAUAAGAGAUGACGAGCAGUUAACCUUAUUACCAGACUCCGAUUCCUCUUUCCACAAAUGUGAUUACAGCUUGGGAGUUCACAGCAUAAAUCUAGCAGAUUUGAUCAGUCUACCAAUUUUGGUGAGUUGUGAAAGCCAGAGUUCUACACAGUUUAGUAUGAAGCUGUGCAGAUUGCAACUGUCAAGGACAGUUUUUCUCGUUUUACCAGAUAUGGCGGAGUUGUCUUGUUUAUAGAAAUCCUUACAACUAACUUAUGAAAAACCACAUUGUAUUGUUGGCCAAUUAGCACAUAAUUUGCUGACCACCAUCAAUUUGCAAUCAUUUAAAGCUAUUACCAAAUGAGUUGUUCGCUGCAGUUGUCUACGAUACCUGCUUUACUCGUUUGAUCCAUGAAGUUGAUAUUGACAUAAAUAAACCAAGUACAUGUGCUUAUGCCUACAUUGUGGUUUCUUUACAAUGGGAUUUCUAAAUAUCUCUGAGGGGCCACAGCUAUUUCUUUCUUUAGCAGAAGGCUCACCAGAAAUUUCCGGAGUCAUUGAGUAGCAUUGUUUUGUUGUGUUGAUGGUAAACACUUAAAGAUUGAAACUUUAUGGUUUUUUUCACUGCUACAAGAGUUGGCAAAAUAACUCUCGAAUAUGCUCCAUGUAACACAUAAAUGGGUGGGAAAAUCACAUUCCCGGAUCGACUUCCUUGUUCGAUACAUUGCAUAAUCUUCUGUCUCUUAACUCCAUCACUUCUUUCAUCCUCGAGUUCAUGGAAAAAGGUAUACUUAAGAAGAAACUGCUUCAUAUUGCUUACAAACCUCAAAAUUCUCUUUAAACUGUUAGUUUCUACGAGGUUUUGUUUUGCAGGAUUCGAUGAACUAAAUUGGAUGCCUCAUGAAGACCAACAUGUCAACCAGCAUCAUCCGGUUCCGAAUUAGGUGAUGUUGCAUUAAUGAUGCUGUUGACUGAAUCAUGAGCUAAACUAUACUGCCUGAAUUUAUUUUCAAGCUCCUAGGCAUAACAUUUAGAGCUGGGUUUACCACUUGCAUAAUAGUUCAUCAUCACAGGUGAAUAGUGAAUGCUACUAUGAUAUAACUACAGGAUGGACUUAUCUGUUUUUCGACUUUAUGAUAGAUCUUGUAACAUCACGUUGCGCUUUCA